AUGACGGACAAGAGAAAGGGCAAGGAGGUCGCCGGAAAAGCUUCGGCCGGCAAGCGCAAGGGCGCCUUCAACAAUGACAAGGCCUCAGCAGUCCUUCGGUUUUUCGAAGACGCCGCUGAUGUUGACGGGAGCGAGGAAAGCGAUAUCAGCGACGACAGUGAUCUCGGCGACGGUUUUUCUGACGAGGAUUUUAAUGCCUCUCCUAAAAGAACGAGCGAGCCAGCUAAAGGCCAAAGUAGUUUCCCGCGUGUUCCUAAAGAGGAAUUGGUAGAUGAAGAAGAGUUUGAUAGGAUAUAUGAAGAGCGAUACGCCAAUCCAUCUAGGUUUAUCAAAUUUGCUGAUGAGUUUGAUGACAAAGUGCACGACCCAAGUUCUAUUCAUGAUGGUGUCAUGGAAUUACUGCCAAACAUCUGGAAAGUCAAAUGCACUGUUGGCCGGGAGAGGCUUUCUGCUUUGUGUCUGAUGCAGAAGUUUGCUGACUUGUUUUCAUUGGGUACUGUCUUGAAGAUAAAAUCUGCAUUUGCCGUAGAUCAUAUGAAAGGUUUUGUAUACAUUGAAGCUGAAAAACAGUAUGAUAUAAAUGAGGCAUGUCAAGGGAUUCCCGGAAUCUAUGUUACUCGAGUAGCACCUGUACCAAAUGGUGAGGUCUAUCAUCUGUUUUCUGUUAGGAAUAGAACCCCUGAAAUUUCUGAGGGCAUGUGGGCUCGAAUAAAAGGUGGUAAUUACAAGGGGGAUUUAGCACAGGUGGUGGCUGUAAAUAAUACCCGGAAAAAAGUUACAGUUAAGCUUAUACCAAGAAUUGAUCUGCAAGCCUUGGCUGCCAAAUUUGACAUGGUAUCUGCUGGUAAUGUAUUAGUUGGAACAGGAGGUGCUAUUAAAGGUGGAGGAUAUAGUCGCCAAAAACUUGCUGUACCGGCCCCUAGAUUAAUCAGCUCGAGUGAACUUGAGGAGUUCCGACCACUCAUACAAUUCAAACGGGACCGUGAUACAGGCAAGGUUUUUGAGGUUCUUGAUGGCUUGAUGCUCAAGGAUGGGUAUGUAUACAAGAAAGUAUCUCCAGAUUCAUUAAGUUUAUGGGGUGUUGUGCCAACAGAAGAGGAGCUGUUAAAAUUUGGGCCUUCUGAAAACAAUGAAUCUAAUGAUUUAGAGUGGCUCGCACAGCUUUAUGGCAGUGACAAGAAGAAAAAACGGGCUAUAAGACCCGAUAAGGGAGGUGGGAAAGGAGAGAGUUCAUCAGGUUCUGGUGUGGGAAAUGAUUUUGAACUUUAUGAAUUAGUAUGUUUUGGGAAGAAGGACUUUGGUGUAAUAGUAGGCAUGGAUAAAGAUGAUAUUUACAAGAUUCUAAAAGAGAGUUCAGAUGGACCUGUUGCUGUAACUAUUGAUCGAAGUGAAAUAAAGAGUGGGCUACAUGAUUUGAAACUUACUGCCCUUGAUCAGCACAGUAAGACUAUAUUGGUUAAUGAUACUAUCAGGGUUCUGGACGGUCCGUCUAAGGGUAAGCAAGGCAUUGUUAAACACAUUUAUAGAGGAAUUGUCUUUUUACAUGAUGGAAAUGAGGAAGAAAAUGGUGGUUACUUUACAUGUAAAUCUAAUAUGUGCGAGAAGGUCAAGCUUGAUGUUACUGAUUUCAGUGGAAAGGAUAGUGAUCCGGGUCCUUUAUUCUUUGAAGACCAACCAUCAUCACCUAGAUCUCCCUUGUCACCCAAAAAACCAUGGCAAGCAAGAGAAAAUAAUCGUGAAUUUAACCGUGCAGACAACAAUAACAUGUUUAAUAUUGGUCAGACCUUGAGAAUUAGGAUAGGUCCUUUGAAGGGAUAUCUUUGCCGUGUGAUUGCGUUGCGUCGAACCGAUGUGACUGUGAAACUUGAUUCUCAGCAGAAGGUUCUUACAGUUAAAUGUGAGCAUCUAUCUGAGGUUCAGGGGAAGAGUACUGCCAUUUCAACUAGUGAAUGUUGUCCUGAGUUUAUCAAUGAUUCUUAUUUCAGUGGUGAUACAGAUUCAAGUUCAUCUAAGCCAUUUGAUCUACUGGGUACUGAAGGAAGCUCUGGAGGUUGGCUGAAUGGAGUGGGAACAUCCUCUGGCGGUGGCGGAUGGAAUGCUGCAGGGGUGUCAUCUGAAAGGGAUGCAUGGUCUAAUCAUUCUGCUCCAAGCUUAUUGAAGCCGGAGUCUUCCACAAAUCCAUUCAGUUCCAAGGGUGCAGAAGAUUCUGCUUGGGAGACUAAAAGUAAUUCAAACCAGAACUCUGCAUGGGGUGCUGCAGUGGACAAUCCUGUAGUUGCUUCAAUUCCAGAACAGUCUGGUGGAUGGGGAAAUGGUGGUGGCAGCUGGGGUCAGGCCGAGCAUAAAACUGGAAGUGUGGGUGAUGACACUCAGAAUAGCAAUUGGAAUGCAACCAAGGCUUCUGAAAAGGAAUCUUCUGGUUGGAACAAUGUCCAAAAGUCAAAUGGAAAUUCAUCAACUGGAUGGGGUGAUGGCAAUGGUUUUAACAGUGGAUUAGCUGAAGGAAACUUGAAUUCUAGUUGGAGUGGGUGGAAGUCUGGAACAAGUGGAGUCAAAGAAGCUGGAAAUCCUUCUGGUUAUUCAGAUAUCAAUGCUAAUGAGGAUGGUGUAUUGAACAACAAACCAAAUAAAGAAGGGAGCGAGUCAUCUGGUUGGGGAACAAAAAGCAAUUGGAAUGCUCAGGUAUCAUUGUCACAUGAUAAAGAGGAAGAAGGUAAAUUUGGUUGGAGUGCAGGAAAUACUUCAGAUGGUUCAGCUACAGGGUUCGGUCAAGCUUUUGGUGGCAAGAAGAAGUUUGGUUCAAAUGCUGUAGCUGAAAACAGUGGUUCUGAUUGGGGAAAAAACAGUAAAUGGAAUUCUGUAUCUGGUGAUACUGGUGGAAAUCAAGGGAAUGGUUGGGGUCAGAAAAGCAAUUGGAACUCUGGAUCUAGGGAUGACUCAAAUGAAAAGAAAUGUACUACUGGGAACAAUGAUCAGAAUUCUCACUGGAGUUCUGGACAUACUGAGCCUGGAAAUCAAGAUUCCAACUUCAACAUGAAAAGCAAUUGGAACUCUGAAAACAGUGGAAACCUGGCUUCUGAUCUGAAAAAUAGUAAUUGGAAUUCUGGAUCUUGUAAUUCCAAUGAAAAUUCCGACAGGGGAAACAAUGACAAUUGGAACCAUAGCAAAUCCUUUUCAAAUGCUGGGAAUGAAAACAAGAAUACCACCUGGAGUUCUGGGCGUCCUGAUACUGGAAAUAAUGAUUCUGGCUGGGGAAAGAAACUUAAUUGGAAUUCUGGAUCAGGUGAUACUAAUCAAAACACCAGUUGGAAAAGCAAUAGCAGCUGGAGUGCAGGGAAUACCUCAAGCGAUGAUCAAUUGAAUGGUUCAAAUGAAAAUUCCAAAGGAGUAGGUGGUGGGAACUGGAGAGGUGGUUACCAGGGUAGAGGUGGAUCAGAUAGAGGUGGCUUUCGAGGUAGAGGUUUCUGGGGACGCGGAGAACGUGGGGGCUCUGGUGGUCGGGGAGAACGCGGGGGCUUUGGUGGUAGAGGUAGAUCAGACCGGGAAGGUUUUGGUGGUAGGUGGGGAUCAGAUGGAGGACGCCGAGGCCGAGGCCGGGGAAGGAGUGAUCAAUCUUGCAGUUGGAACAACAGGAGGGAUUCUGGUAGGGAUGGGUCCUCUGACUGGAAGAAAGGGCCAGAUAAUGUGGAAGGAUGGAGUAAUAGUAAUGGAUCUCAACCUUGGAAUCAGGACACUGGUGACAAUAACAGGCAGAGUUGGAGCCAGGGAAAUGCAGAUAAGGGGUAUUCUAGCUGGAACCAAGGAGGUGGAAGUAAGCGUAGCUGGAGUUCUGCAAGUGGUGGGGCUAAUGAUAAUAGAUCUCAGGCUUGGAACCAGGAUACUGGUGGCAAGGACAGUCAGAGCUGGAGCCAAGGGAAUGCAGCUAAUGAGCGUCCUAGCUGGAACCAAGGUGGAAAUAAGCAGAGCUGGAGCUCAGCAAGUGGUGGAGCUAACGAUUCUGUUUGGAAUCAAGGAGGUGGAAGUAAGCGGAGCUGGAGUUCAGCAAGUGGUGGAGCUAAUGAUAAUACAUCUCAGGCUUGGAACCAGGGGAAUGCUGAUAAGGAGUGUCCUAGCUGGAACCAAGAUGGAAAUAAGCAGAGCUGGAGCUCAGCAAGUGGGGGAGAUAAUGAUUCUACUAGGAACCAGGGAGGUGGAAGUAAGCAGAGCUGGAGUUCAGCUAGUGGUGGAGCUAAUGAUAAUUGGAACAGCAAUGAGUCAAGCCAGACACGGGCUAGCCUGAAAAAAACUAAAGUUGAAGAGACUAACAUCCACGGUGGGUGGAACAAGGGAUCUAGUUCAAAAGGCUGGGACAAUGAAGAGUCGAGUUGGAAGGCGAGAGCUGUUUCAGGGAAUGGUGGGGAAACUGGUGACGGAGCUCUGAAGUGGGGUCAAUCUAGUGCUGAAGACAAGGGUCAAUCAUCUAGUUGCAAAGAAUCAGAUGGCGCAGCAGGAUCAUGGGGCAUGAAAAAUGAUGGGGUUGACAAAGGUGGAUGGUAA